GAAUUGUAACAGUGUGCGUGUGCGUUUGCGCCAGAGUAAGAGAGUGAACGCGAGUAAGCAAGAGAAAGCUCCUGAUAUUAACACGUAACAUUGUGGUUGUCGCACGUGAGCCGCAGCAGACAAGCAAAUAAACAAAGCAGCAGCAAAAGCGCAAAUAGCUGAAGCAGGACGCAAAGACAAAAAGUCGAUUUACGCGCGUUUUUCUGUUGCAGCCAACUUUGAACAAAUCAAAGCUCGAAAACUUUUACCUUUACCGCCGACCGCAAGAUGUCGCUGCUAACGGGCAACAGUCACUCGCUGUCCGAGGAGGAAAUCGAUGAAUACGCCGAUGGCACAGUUAAAUUACGCAACCCCAAUAUUGAACUUAUGGAUCAGGAUAUCUUAUAUCACGUAGCGCUCGGUAGCGAGAGCCAUGAUCUGAGAGAAAUGUUUGGCGAUGUUAAGUUCGUUUGCAUGGGCGGCACACCAAAGCGCAUGGAGAACUUCGCACACUUCAUUAUGGAUGAGAUCGGCUAUAAGCUUCCCGCUGGAACACAGCUGCAGGAUAUUAGCGAGUUCUCGUACCGCUAUUCCAUGUACAAAGUCGGUCCGGUGCUAUGCGUCAGUCACGGCAUGGGCACCCCCUCGAUUAGCAUACUGAUGCACGAGGUUAUCAAGCUGAUGUACCAUGCCAAAUGCAUUGAUCCCAUAUUCAUACGCAUCGGCACCUGUGGCGGCAUUGGCGUCGACGGCGGCACCGUCAUCAUCACUGAAGAUGCGUUGGAUGGGCAUUUGCGCAACUCUCAUGAGUUUACAAUUCUGGGCGAGACUGUGCAUCGUCCGGCUAAGCUGGAUAAGAAGCUGGCACGUGAACUGAAAUCGCUGGCCAGUGCUGAUGAUCCCUACGACACCAUCAUUGGCAAGACGCUGUGCACAAAUGACUUCUAUGAGGGUCAAGGACGUCUGGAUGGCGCCUUCUGUGAGUUUACCGAAACCGAUAAGAUGAACUAUCUGGAGAAGCUGCGCGACAACGGCGUCGUCAACAUCGAAAUGGAGAGCACCAUCUUCGCAGCGCUAACACAUCAUGCGGGCAUCAAAGCAGCCGUUGUUUGCGUUGUGCUCCUGAAUCGCCUAAAUGGGGACCAGGUCAAUGCGCCCAAAGAGGUUAUAAAUGAGUGGCAGCAGCGUCCACAGAUACUCGUCUCCAGGUAUAUACGCAAGGUGCUCGCCCAGCAUGGCCAACUGAAGUCGCUCUUUGGACAGCAUGGAUCCAUAAAGUCACCGAGGCGCUUCAAGCUGGUACAGCAGGAAUCACAGGCCCAUGACUAGAGCUAGCAGCCAAAUACAAAAGAUCAUUGCAUAUACAUCGGAUAUAUGAUUUCAAGUUACCUUUUGACUCAUAUGUCAAACCAACUCUCAUGUAUACAAAUAUUCCUUUAAACACUCCAUAGUUUAAUUCACUUUAGGUUCUUAUUUUAUUUCCCCAUAUGUGUAUCUAUGUACUAUACGUAUAUCCACUUCCUCAUUAGCUUAUUUAAUGACAAGCAUACUGCAGGUAUUGGCGUAUAAACGCUAAAAGCUGAAUGAACUUAUCCAAACUAAAUAUUAACAUAUUAAUAUUAAUAAUAAACUCAAUGUGACGUUGUGUUUCAAUAUAAACUAAAUCAAAUUGUUGUUAAUCGCAUCGCUAAUUGCAACUAUGGUAAUAAAGAAAAUGCAAAAAUAUAAAAAAAAAA